CGUGUUUUUGAGGGGAUUUUUGUAGGGGCUUUUUUUGAAUUUCAGGUCACAUGGAGUAUCUUCAAGUCCAUAUCUGUGGAGUCCCCAGGCAAUUCAGAGGACUCUGUGGACUCAGUGGACUCUGAGCGGAGAGUCCCUGGCUCUGCCCUGUGAACAAGGGGGGGACAGUUCCACCUGAGAGUAAGCUAUGAAGGACAUCUUCCAGCUUCCAUUGCUCCAUUCUGCUUUUACAUUUGAGGAGCUUCUCAGCUUCAUGGGUAUCAGGAAGACCUUGAUAGCCGGGGAUGCUUAAGGAGCCAAAGAACCUAUACUGUGUUUGACCUGUCUGUGUUGAGAUGUUCUCUUUGAAGUCACUGUGGGAGUUGGUUCAAGACAACCUGUGAGGCUGACAAGGGCUGGAUCAGACAUGGAUGCUGUAGCACAUGCACUCCUUCAUCCUCCUCCUCAUGCCAGGUCAGAGCUGACUGUGCAGACUCUCCAGGACUGCAGCAGACGUGAAAUAGGAGGAUUUCCUAUUCCAUUGAUAAGUAAAGACAAUUUCAAAACAGCACUUGCAAGUCAGGUUUAUUAGUGGACUCACUUCGUUAACAGCCCCAAACAUGGAGCCUGGUCUUAGCAGAAGUCAAAAUUCACCUUGGCUUCACUGGGCAGGGACCUGCUUAAGCUGAAGCCUUCAUCACACCAGCGUGGUGUUACCCUGAUUCCCCGUGUCCCAGUAACAUGCACCAUCCAUGUAUCAGCACGCCACCAGCAACUAACUCCACAUUGCAUUUACAGCACCAGCUGACUUGCAACGAAGGAGAAACACUAAGAGAUCCUCCCUAGCAGAAGGGCUACUGGAACUACACCACCAGCAGCUGCAGUAACACACUGUGUGGCAGAAGUCCCUCCUUCCCCUAGGGAAAAAGAGCUGAGCUGGUUCUUGAAAUGACAGACAACAGGUCUUCAAGGUGGAGUCGAUCUGUACUACAAAAAAUUCUUAUCCAUCUUUCUUCCAGGAAGUAUUUGGUCUCCUUUCAAGUGGGCCAGCUAGGCAGACCCACAGAAAUGUGAGUGCCACUUCCGUGUGCCUGAGAAUCACCAGCUCCACAGUGGUGACAUUGGCCAAGUCACAUGCACGAGGUUGGUUAUUCCUCCAGUGUGGCCCAUAAUUACCCAUCUGUGCCCAGAAGGGCAGGCAAGCUCUCCACAGCUCACAGGAAAUAAUUACAGAGCAGCUCACCUUCCUGCAGUACAGAACUCUUCCUGACACAUCCCAGAGGCACCAGCAGCGUUACUCAUGGUGGGUGACGUUUCCCAGCCUGAUUCUCAUGCCCUGGCUCAGCCAUCCAUCCCACUCCCAUCGGAAGCUGGUCCAGCCCAGAACAGUCGAUGCAGGGGGAGCUCAGGAGGAAGUGGAGGACAUGGCUCUGCCUGUGGGAAGCAGCCUAUCAGGAAAUGCUUGUUUAACACAUGGCAGAUUAGCCUUCCUCAGGAGUGAGCUGUUUCUGUAAAUCAAAUAGCUUCUCAUGAGUCAGGAGCCCAACUCUGCCCAACAGAGCAGCAUAUUUUCAGAGAUCACUGUAAAUCAGGGAAUUUUAUUGUUAACAUUUGUUGGCUUGAGGUGGGAUCUGGCCCUUUAGAGCUGUUAGGAGCAUGGGUUUCUGUGUACUGCCAGCACCUAAAGGGGAUGAAAGCCUGGAAAGGGAUACCAGGCAACUCAUCCUCAUUUGCCAAGAGAGACAGAUCAGGCUUUCUUCUCUGAAUGCUUUUGAGGACCCCUUUCCUAAAAAAUUACAUCCACAGACUGUAAGCUCUCUGGAAGCACUACUGGAAAUGAUCACGUAUGGCUGAGAAUGCUGAAAGUAAAUUUGUCAUACUCAGCUGCUGUAAUCUGGAAAUGGUGCUAAGUGGUAGAAAGAGGCAGCAACCACCUUCCAAAGCUCUUUCCAAGUACAUACAAUCAAGAGAGUCACUUGUGUCAGCCAUAGCAGGUGCCCACUUCUGCUCAGCCCCUAGGAAGUCACACUGAGGAUGAUUGCCAUGCAGAUCUUUAUAGAAAUUUCAUAAAAUACAAGAUGAAAAAUAAUUCUUGUGUUGUCUAGUCUAGCUACCUCUCCAUCUCUUAUAAGUGCAAAGCGAACGAUUUGCAGCAGAAGACCAAAAGUUUAAAGUGUGUGGGAGUAAUGAAAAACAGCAAUAGAAACAUGAAAAAAACUCUUCACCAACAUUGCUUAGCUGCUGCAGUAAUGAAAAAUAAGGUUACAAAUUACUUUCAGAGCUCUAAAUUUCCAUUGUUUUAAAAACUACAGCCCAUUUUUCAGAGCAUUACAAAAACAUCCUGCCUGCAGAUUGGCUUUUAUGUUUUUUAAGCACUGAUUGCAAACAUAAGUGCAGGUAUGUGGUUAGUGUGAGGGAGCCCUGGGGGAUGAGGAGCUCCACGCAGGGGUGUUUCGGGAAGUCUCUGCAAACCAGCGUUGCCACCCCGGGAUUAAUUAAUUCCACAGCGGGCUCUCGCUGACACAGUGUUUCAUCCGACUGCAGGAUUUCCUGGGAGGUUUUAGGACACAGUAAGGCAAGGCAAAGCAUACACUGUUCCCAAGGCAUGCAAUGCAUGCCAAGAGCACUGCUGGAUGCUGCCCUUCUGCCUGUGAUGAUGGGUGGGAAAGGGGGCAGUGGAGGAGGGCAGAGCUUGGCAAGCACCUGCUUGGUUGGUUUGUGUCCAUGCACACCUGCUUGUCCUACGUACAGUGUGGGGUGAUGCCCUCCAAGGUUAUUUUGCCUGCAGGUCCCUCUGCUCAGUGUUCUGCUUGCAGACUGUGCUGAUGCUCUCCUGGUCUGGGGACAAUCUCCCUGGAUGAGCAUGCCUGGGGGGAAAGUUCACAUCCCUUGGCAUAAGGAUGCAUCCCAAAGGAGUGAGCAACAUACAGGCACCACUGCCUGUAGAUCCUCCUCACUCUCCUGUGGGGCACAUGGCAAAUCCUCAGUCCCCCAGUUUCAUGUGCCAGGAAGGUUUAAUUUCAAAUUAUUUUUGAGCUGUUGCUUUCCCUGCAGAGGUUUUGUUUUGAUACACACCCUUGUGUUCAGCAUCUUUACUUUGGAAUGGGUUUUGCGGUUCCUACUUGUGUAUCAGAAGGAAGAUUGAGCUCAAUGCUCAGUUCGAGUGAUCUGCUCCAGACCUCAUCUCUUCAGACUGGGCUUGGCAAACAAAAUCCCCUCUGGAGAAUAAAGGGUUCAGACUCACCAGGCAAGAGAGACCUCCUGAAGGUCUCUUUCAUGUAAAGAAUAGGAUAGAGAAUAGAGUGUGUCUGAGUUUUAAAGUCAAAGUAGUGCCAUCAGAGGGAUGUACAGGCUCCAUACAGGAGGGACUUUUCACAUGUUGUCAACCUUUGAAUUCAGCUUUUAAAUAAAAGACUGGCUUCAGAUGAAAAAGUUAUGUCUUUUAUGAGUAAUGAAGCACAAAGCAAUUUUUUUAAUGGAUGAAGCUAUCAUUCAGUAUAAAAUAAGCUGACUGUUUUGAUUUAUUGAUAAGUCAAAUUCAUUUUUCACCUUGGGAAAAUAACACAUCAUCUGGCUUGCCACUGGGCAGAUGCCUGAGAGACAAGGGUGUGGGUGCUGCUGGGACUGGGAUUAGCUUUUAUGUCACAGGCCUGUCUGAGAGAAUAUAUUUCAUGUCUUGGGCUCCAGCACUUGUCAGAGGUGAUGGGAUGGAAGCUGAUGGUCAGUAUCACUGCUGGGUGUUGUAGGCAGCCACACUGAAGCAGCACUGUGUGUGGAACUGCAUGCCCACCACGCUCCCCAGGGCCCUUGGCUCUGCUCUGUGCCCGUCUCCUGCCGUGUCCAGCCCUGCCUGUCCUGCUGCGAGGGCUCCCCUGGGCCGGGGGCUGCAGCGGGGGCUGCCGCUGUGCGUGGAACGCUGUGGCUCCAUGGUGACAGUAGAACCAGAACCCUGGUGAUGUCACAGGGGGGCUGCUGGAAGGCUUCAGUUGCAGCUGCAGCUCCACUCCCACACCACCGGAUGAAGCUGCUGGGGCGUUCAAGCUUGCUCCUGCUCUGACACCCGUAACAUCUAACACCGUAACAAUGUCUGUCCACUGCCACCUUCGGGAAGACACCAUGCACAACCUGAGGCAGAUGCAGAAGCAGAUGAGGGUGCUGGACCUGCGCCUGCAGCUGCUCCGUGACAAGCUGUGUGUAGCCCGCCUGCAGAGGUGUGUGCCUCUCUGCUGCUGCCUGCACCACACCCGGCACCUGGCCAGAAGGGCCCUCUGCGCAAAGAUGGAGCUGGAGAGAAAGAUGGACAGACUGAGAAGACUUGGCAUGAUGUUGAACUCGUGCUGUUGUUCAAGUCCUCUGCCUCUGAUAGAUGUGAAGAGUUUUGACCCCAAGGACGUCAGUGUAGUGAUGAAAGACGGGAAGGUGACCGUGUCUGCGGAGCGCAAGGAGGAGCGCAACACCUGCAGGGGAAAGGCAUGCAGCUACAGAAAGUACCUGAAGCAAUUCAGCCUGCCACCAACGGGAUGCUGCGACAAGGAGGUGACCUACUCCGUGAAAAGUGACAGCCUCACGGAGAUUGUGGAAGAACCCAAGUGCUGCACUUACAUCUGCCACUGCUGAGCUGCAGCGGGCCAGGACCCAGCCACUCUGCCUCACCGCUCCUCUCCAUCGGAUUUAGAUCUGUCCCAGUAACUGUGUGUCAGCAGCUUCUCUAAACUCUUCCAUUAAAGAAGACAGCACUCUAAGCAGGUCGUGUGAGCCUCAUUUUUAAAGGGCUUGAUGGGCAAAAAGGGGAGUGCCAUCAAGAAAACACAAAGGUAUUUUUGGGCAUACAUGACUGUGGUCCCUUGCUGGGUACUGAAGGCAGGGCCAGAGGUGGUGGAUUCAGGGGAUACAGUCUCGUGGAUUUUGAAGGCUGAGAGGCACCACUUAUGAUCAGUCACAUUUCCUUAAGGACACUUCUCUCAAUCCAACCUCUUCUAUUUGAUUUCUAGGGUAUUUCUAGGAAGAAAAUCUUGAUGAUAAACACCUUGAUGGGAGCAGCCUUCUCCCAAAAAAAAAAAAAAAAAAAAAAAAAAGGUCAAGCUGAACUCUUUGUCCCCUUGGUUUGGUUCUUGCAGGGACUGCCUGGCUGGGAAAAGCUGUGGAUGAGGGAUGGAGAGCUUUUCCUUAGAAGAGUUGACAUUAGGGUAGAACACUUGCCAGCUGAGGAGGGGAUGACAGCACUUCCUGCUGAAUCAAUGGCUCCAAAGUAAUAGGAAUAUUUUUCAUGUUGGAAGAGGGGGAGAAUUGUCAGUGUAAUUGCUUGAAGGCAAUUCUGACUUUGCUGCCCUGGUCUCAGCACUUGGGUCUGCACUCCUGUGGGAAGUAGCAUCACCUCCCACUGCAGAAAUGUGUGUAACAGAACACACCUGGUGGUGCCUGCAUGAACCUGGGCCAGCAUCUCCCCAGUGAGCACCACCUGGUUCACACUUCAUGAGCCCCUGGGGCUGGAGGGGGAAGGGUUGCCACCUCUUCAUCUGAUGCACUCCCCUGCAGCAGACUCUCCUAACAGGGAACUCAAUGUUUUAGGUUGUGCUGGCACAGAAUCUGAUGUUCCCUAACCUGCCAGGGGAGAGGGUGAGCGCCUGUGGGCCAGUGUCACAGCUCAGCUGGCCUGUAGCUGGACAAAUAAAUCUGGCCAUAAAAGAAAAUCCAACUCAGCCAAGCCUAGUUCAUUUUAGAACAAGUCUCUGGGUAAGCAACGAUAGGACAGAUCUGAAGUUACACAGGGGACCUCAGCCAACCCUGUUCAAUCCUGAAUGCAAACAUAUCACUGGCUAAGGAGCUGGGCAGUGUCAACACCCGGGCCAAUCAACUGUCCAAGCCUGGAAAAUCUGAACCCCCUAUAUAAGAGGGUUCUGAGCAAUAAAACAUGCUAUUUGUUGAUGACCCUUGGUGAAUUUUGUUGUUUCUGUCUCUGACCAAUGACCCCACGUAACAGGCUGGUGCUGUGCAGGUGUGCUGCACACUUGAAACUCUUCAGAGUGGAGAGUAGUCCCUGCCAUUAGCCUGGCUGAGAAAUGCAGUUGGUUGCUGUCACACGUGGGGACCCUGGCUCCUAAAGGACCUUCACACCAACAGGGCA